AUGUCUUCUUCACCUCACAUUCUGGUCAUCGGCUUCGGAGCCAUCGGCGCCUUCUUCGCAUCACGUCUAGCCAGCGUUCCAGGCGUGAGAGUAUCAGCGAUAUGUCGCUCCAACUACAAAAUCGUAAAAGAAAACGGCAUCCGUGUCACCAGUCCGACCUUCAAAGAAGUGGUCUUGCGGCCAACAUAUACCUUCGCCAACAACGAUGAAGCCCGAGAACAAAAGCAGAAAGAUGGGAUCGUCUGGAGUCAUCUCUUAGUAACGACGAAAGUCCUCCCCGAAUUAGGUGAUCCAGCAGCACUUCUUGAUGGCCUAGUCGAUUCGGGCACUGCUAUUGUUAUUCCACAGAAUGGUCUAGGUAUUGAAGAGCCUUACCACACCCGUUUCCCGAACAAUCCCAUCAUCAGCGCAACGACAAGGACUUCGGCAAUACAGUCCUCGCCCGGCUAUGUCGAGCAUAAACACUGGACUCGUACUACGAUAGGACCUUUCGCGCGGCCCGAUGGCUCUGAUCUCGCUACUCUGCGUACGGCUGAGUUUGUUGAUCUGUUGCAUCAGGCGGACAUACCAGAUAUAGAUCACCUUGAUCAUAUUGGCAUGCAAUUCGCCCGCUGGCAUAAGACAGCCAUCAACGCGGCCUUGAACCCCACUGGUGUCCUCGCAAGGGGUUCGAAUUCUGUCUCGCCGACGAACAAUGCCAUGGGUAUCGACCUUGAUGUGUGUGAGCAUAUGAAAGCUGUGAUGAAGGAAGUCUUGCACGCUGCUACUGUUGUGCUGGGGAAGCCAUUGCCAGACAGUCUGCCAAGCGUGGAGGACGUCUUUGAGGGUGUGAAAGCGGAUCAGAGUGGGAGCAAGCCGAGUAUGUGGGUUGACUGGGAGGCUGGAAGACGAGUGGAAGUCGAGGCCAUUCUGGGUGAGCCCGUGCGGAGGGCGAGGGAGGUGGGUGUGGAGGUGCCGAGGACGGAGAGUAUGUAUGCGCUUCUGAAGAUGGCGCAGGGAUUGAGGCUGGGUGACGAGAGUGGAGGGGCGUGA